UUUAACAUAAUGCAAUAUCUUUAGGUAUAAACUUUAAUCAGCAUGACUUCAAUAUCAAAACUGGAGUAUUUGAAGAAAUAUAUGGAUGGAGAAGGGAAAAAUGAUAAAACCAAAAAAAGAAAGAAGAAAGUCAAAAAAUCUAGAAACAACAUCAAAAUUGUAGACAAUGAUAUAAUGUUCAAUGACAUAAAAACAAUAGAUUCAGAUGGAGAAUUUGAUUUACAAGAGGAGAAACCAUUGCUUUAUGCACUUGAUGGUGCUACUGUUUUAACCAAAGAAUUAGAAGAAAGUAUGGAAUUAAAAAAAUCAAAAUGGGCUCCCCUUAACUCAUUUGAUAAAGAUAACAACUCCAACAAAUACAAUGAUGAUAACUUAGAUCUUUCCCCAGUUCGUAAUAGAAAAAAACGACAUGACUCUUCAGACAGCGAUAUUUCACCUGUAAGGAUGCGAAAAAGACACGACUCCAGUGGAUCAUCUGAUCUUUCGCCUGAACGACAAAAAAAAGCAAAGAAAGAUUUGGAUUCAGACUUAUCUCCAGUGCGUAGAGGCAAGUGUAAAAAAGACAGUGACAUUGAUUUAUCUCCUGUUCGUAAGAAAAAAAGGCAUGAACAUGAACAUAGAAAAGAAGAAGUACCAGAAAUUAUGAGCAGUGGAAAGAAAGCUGGAUUGCGCACAGGAGCAGAGUUGAGAGAAGAAAAUGAAAGAAGACGAAAACAAGAAAUGCAGCAGAUUAAUAAAAUGGAUACGUCGGUCUCUGGGAAGGGUGCAGCAACAAUCUACCGUGACAAGUCUGGAAAGAAAAUAGAUUUAAAGUUUGAGGAGUUAGAAAAGAGAAGAGCAGAAGAAGAAAAGCUGAAGCAAAUUGAGGAACAUGCACGUUGGGGUAAAGGACUAGCACAGGAAAAAAACUACCAACAAAAACUGCAGGAUGAUUUAAACGAAGUAGAAAAACCUUUAGCUAGGUAUAAAGAUGACAAGGACUUAGAUGUUUUAUUAAAAAAUCAAGAUCGUGAAGGCGAUCCCAUGUUAGCUUUUAUUUCAAAAAGUAAAAAUAAAAAAACAAAAGCGAGUAAGCCAAAAUAUAAUGGUCCACCACCUCCACCAAAUAGGUUUAAUAUCUCGCCAGGUUAUCGUUACGAUGGUGUAGAUAGAUCAAAUGGAUUUGAGAAAAAGAGGUUUACAGCAAUCAACAAUGCUAAAUCUCUUACAACAGAUGCUUAUAAAUGGAGUGUGGAGGACAUGUGAAGAAGAUUUAAUUUUAACUUUGUAAACAAUACAGAAUUAUAUAGUAAAAUCAAAUACAGAAGUGAGUUCACUAUUCACUGUUUACUGUUGUUAUUUGUUUUUGUCAUUGGAAAUCUAUUAUAUUGUCAUUUUACACAUGUCAAAACCUUUUGCAUUUAAGGCCAGGUAAGUAUAAGGUUAAUAUGUGAUAUGAUACAUCUUUCUUUUUGUUACUAUUGUGAAUUUUGACAAAGUCCGUUUUAUAAAGAAACCAUGUUGUUAUCAGGGAUGUAUUCA